AAAGAGAAUCACAGAGAAACUAGUGAAAUAUACAUUUCACAAGUAAAUACCUACAAGACAAGAAAAAAAAGAGUUUCCAACGAUUGAGCAGUUCAACAAAUAACAAAACAGAUACACAACCAUUUUAAUAUAAAUGUAGGACGUUCACAUCCGCCUUUGUCAGACUGAUUUUAAGGAUCUAUUUGUCGGGGAAAAAAAGUUUCAGCUGAACAGAAACUAAAAACUGGAUUGGUGAAAGGAGUUGGCGGAUAGCCCAGCCGCUCGAGUAGUUUAUGCGUAGCGCCGUAAAGGUGGGUGCACGCGCUGUCCUUAAAUAGCCCAUAGGCACCAUAUAGCCCACUGAGAUUAAUAUAAAACUAAUUUCGUUAAGGUAUUAUCAACGCCUAUAGCUUUUAAAAAGCAAUAGCAAUAGCUUUUAAAGAUUCAUCUGUUGCGAGCCUUAAAAUGGGCGAAACCAUAGAAAAAGGAAAAAAGAUCUUCGUCCACAAAUGCUCUCAGUGUCACACCGUUGAAGCUGGAGGUAAACAUAAAGUAGGUCCAAACCUAAAUGGACUCUUUGGUCGCUUGACCGGCCGAGCACCUAGCUAUCCUUACACACAGGACAACGUGGAGAAAGGUGUUGUCUGGAAGGAAGACACACUUAUGGAGUUUUUAGAGAAUCCUAAGAGGUACAUUCCAGGGACCAUGAUGAUCUUUGCUGGGAUCCGGAAGAAUGAGGAAAGGGUUAAGCUUGUAGCAUAUUUAAAGAAAUUCACAUCAUCCAAAUAA